AUGGACCACAAGACUGCCGCCCGGCCGGAAAGCGUACGGGCGUUCGCCCUCGCCCGCGCCACCGUCGUCGUCUUCGCCUUGGCCACAGCGGCCGACUACGUACUCGACCGCUACCACCUCUGCAGCAGCCACAGUCAGGCUUCCUUCAUCCUGCCGUGCGUCAGGGUGACGGCCGCGGCGGCCGCCGAGUGGAGGGCCCUCUGGCUCGCCAUGGUCUGCUGCGCGGUGCUCGAGGUGACCGUCGCGGCGCUGGCACUGCGGCAUCCACGCCGCGCCCUGGCCCUCGCCUACCUCCAGCUCGCGCUCACCAUCGUCCGCCACUACAUGUACGUCCGCGCCCUCCGCAUCCUCCUCGCCGCCGACCCAGGAUACCACCUCACCUUGAUCUGCAUCGCGAGCAUCUCCUGCUUCAUAGCGCGCGACGCCACCAGCUUCAUGUUCAUGGACCUUCUCCUCGGAGGCGAGGAGUGA